AUGCUUCCUUCAAACAUUUGGCUUCUUUAGCUCUCAUAAAACUCCAUACCCAUCCAACACAUGGUCUUCUAAUCAUUUCACUCAGUUGAAGAGCAUAAACUUAAGUUUGUUUUCUUGAGAGUUCAAAAGAAAAAACAAAAAACGAAAAAAUGGGAAGAGCCCCAUGUUGUGAGAAAAUGGGGAUGAAAAGAGGACCAUGGACUCCUGAAGAAGAUCAAAUCCUGAUCAAUUAUAUUCAUCUUUACGGCCAUUCUAAUUGGCGAGCUCUUCCCAAACACGCAGGUUUACUUAGAUGUGGGAAAAGCUGCAGACUUCGUUGGAUCAAUUAUCUGAGACCAGACAUCAAACGUGGCAAUUUCACUCCUCAAGAAGAACAAACUAUCAUCAAUCUACAUGAAGUCUUGGGCAACAGAUGGUCUGCGAUUGCUGCAAAGUUGCCAGGACGAACCGACAACGAAAUAAAAAACGUUUGGCACACUCAUUUGAAGAAAAGACUCAACAAAAAUCAAAACAAUAUUGGCGGAGACACCAAAGACAUUAACGGAAUUAACGAGACCACACACGAAGACAAAAACUCUGUGAUUGUCGACACAAACUCUCUGCAACAAUUUUCUAAUAGUGAUUCAACAUUUGAUAUUUCAAAUAGCAACAUGGAAGAUAUGAUGUCCUCGUACGAGGAUAUUUCUGCAUUGGUUGAUGAGAGUUUUUGGUCGGACAUACUAUCGGUUGAUAAUUCGAAUGAUCAUCAGAAAAAGAUAGAGGAUUGGGAGGGAUUGCAAGAUAGGAAUAGUAAGAGAUAUUGUUAUAAUAACUCGAAGUUGUAUAAUGAUGACAUGGAGUUUUGGUUUGAGCUAUUCACUAGUAGUCAUAGAAUUGAGGAAUUUUCCGACAUACCAGAGGUUUGA